CGUAUCAUCGUCGCGCAUAAGUUAGCUCUCUAUGUGCAGUCUCCAAUCCACGACCUUCUAUUCAUCCUUAACAUCAAAAUUCAAUUCAAAAUAAAGUAAAAAGAAAAAGAAAAUGGAAGAAGAGAAAGCAGCAGCGUACUACGAUGAGCUAACACGUAAAGGCAGUGGCGCCGCUAGAUUUAAACAAGGCCUUGGCUUUUCAGACGAUAACCGGAACGACGUCGUACCGGAACGAGCUUCCGCUCUUCCUUCGUCAUCAUCUUCUUUUCUCAGCAGCUUUAUUAAAGCUUCAGAUAAUUCAUCUCAUAAUGUUCCGAAAAAAGUGCAAAUUGAAUCUAUUCAGAAUAAGCUUAAGAAAAAACCACCUAGGGUUUCAGAUCACCAUACAGAUAAUAGAUAUAGAAAUUUAGACAGAGAUAAUAGAGAUAGAGAUAGAGAUAGAGAUAGAUAUAGAGAUAGAGAGAGAAGAGAGAGGGAUGGGGAUAGGGAUAGAGAUAGAGAUAGAGAGAGGGGAAGAAGGAAGAGGAGUAGAAGUAGAAGUGUAUCGCCGUCUCGAAGAAACCGGAGGGACGACGAUAGGAAGGAGAAAAGGGACCGGAAAAUCGAUUAUGCGAAAUUGAUAGAUGGAUAUGAACAUAUGUCACCAGCGGAAAGGGUCAAAGCGAAGAUGAAACUUCAGCUUUCUUCAACUGCUAAACAGGAUGAAGCAACUGGCAUGGGCUCAGGAUGGGAGAGGUUUAACUUUGACAAAGAUGCCCCACUUGAUGAUGAAGAGAUUGAAGCUGCAGAAGAUGAUGGAGCCUUAGUGAAGCACAUUGGCCAAACUUUUCGGUUUUCUGCUGUGGAGGCGAGAAGGGAGGAGAAGAUUAAGGCUACUCAUGAUGAGGCUAUGUUUGGAACUUCAUCACUUGCACCACCUGUUGAUUCAGAUAGUGAAGCAGAAAGAAAUGACCAGGCAAGAGAAAGUCCCGAGCCUGCCCCUGUUGCAAGUCUUAUAAGUGAUCAGGUUCGGUCAGCGCAACAAGGCUCGUGGCGUGACCGUAUCCGCAAAGCGUAAUUGAGGAUGAUUGCUGAAUCUUUUGAUUUUAUAUAAAGUUUAAUUUAAUUUGUAGUUCGCAGCUUGUAUUUGUUACAAAAUGAAAUGCUGACAGUUUGAAAACUCUUCUUUCAUGGUAUUCAUUGUGCGACAUAUUUGGGAGAAUUGACAAAAUUAAGUUACAUUAGUGUUA